GGAGAUUUAAAAUUUUUGUUUGCUGAUUAAGUAAACAUAAAGUGUGAUGAUAUUAUAGAACAAUUUGUGUUAUUGGAACCAUCAAACUUCUUUCAGGCUCAAGUUGAAGCAUGCCGUGAUGGAGCAAUGGCCUCUGCUGGUGUUGGUGCUUGUUGUGGGGCCGCUGGGACGAGCGGUGAUGCACAGCGGAAGCUCAGGACCUUGUGAUAGGACAAGAAAAGUUCACACGGAUACCUGGGGUGUCAUCACCGAUGGACCUCCAGGCUCCAACUAUACUCAGAACUCUCACUGCGAGUGGCUCAUAAAAGCCAACAGCAGUGAGCAGUUUAUAUCACUCAAUUUUACUCUGAUGGGAACGGAGUGUUCGUAUGAUUAUGUGUACGUUUACGACGGAGACUCAUUCAACUCCCCUGUUCUCGGAAGUUUUAGCGGUAGAACUCGCCCCCAAACUGUUGUUGCCACUUCUGGAUUUAUGUUGAUACUGCUAUACAGCGACACAAACUACGUAUUGGAUGGAUUCCGAGCCGAGUAUUACAUCACAGAGUGCCCAGCAAACUGUUCGAGUCACGGGACAUGCUUGGCUCACUCAUGUAUCUGUGAGAGUGGGUGGGGAGGAGUGGACUGCUCUCAGCCUCUCUGUCCCGACCACUGCGGCGUCUCCAAGGGCCGAGGACGAUGUCUCUUGGGUCGGUGUCAUUGUUUUACCGGAUACUCUGGCCAAGCAUGCAGUUUGUACAAGGGCGACCCGGUGGGCAACUCGUGGCAUCAUCUGCACAGAGAAGGUGUGAACGCUCGAACUGCACACUCGGCCAUUUACAUCUCCGACACCGACGCUCUUUACGUGUUCGGAGGUUACAACCUGAACACCAUUCUUGGAGACUUGGUGAUUUUCCGCUUCAACCACAGCCAGUGGGAGGAUGAAGACGGGAAAAUAAUAAGUAGUGUUGUUGGUGCGAACGAUAAAUUAGACGCCAAAAGACUAGCAGCCGUUGGAAGAUGGGCUUCUGUCGGUGGUGGGGAGGAGUGGGGGUUGCAUCACCGUCAAAAUUUUUUCUCAACCUUGUUGUUCACCUCGACCAAUGUCAAUAACAACUCGAGGACACAAAAACAGCCUGAAGGUCAAAGUGCGAGAUUCCUUAGACAUGUUGGUGUCGAAGAGUUCACCCUGGGAAAGCCGACACCAAGGUACUCCCAUGCAGCUAGUAACUACCCCGGAGGCUUCGUGCUGCACGGAGGCGUUCUGGAGGACGGCAGCUUAGGCUCGGACUUGUGGCUGUACCAGGUGGUGGGGGGUAGAUGGACGCGGAGAGCUGUGAACUCUGCACUGCAGCCUCCACCACUGGCCCGCCACACUCUCACUCUAGCAGACGACGGCUGGUUGUACAUGGUCGGAGGAUCUACUGAACAGGGGAUGUUCUCCCCUAAGAUAUUCAGGAUAAAACUGUCCACAGUGGGAGGAACAGAGGAGUGGGAGGAAGUAGUUCCGAGAGGAGGCAAGGAGCUUGAUGUCCGAAUGGUGGCUCACUCUACAGUGUAUAAUCCUCAGGCUAACACACUACUGGUGUACGCUGGGAUUGUGACCAACGUUGCUCGCUUCAGCAAGCUGAGUGACCGUAUGUUCUCCUUUCACCUGGAGAGCCGCCAUUGGGCAGAGAUUCAUUACCCUCGCUCGGAAUUGCGAGACAACUACCUACCUAGAGAGCGAGCCUUCCACAGCGCCACUGUUAUAGGUAACUACAUGGUCGUGUUUGGAGGUUACACGCAUCGUCACAACCGAGAGGAGAUUUGUUACGACAAGCAUCUCUACUUGUACCACCUCGGCUGUCACACAUGGGUGACUCACGACAUUCUGGACAACACCGUCAACUCCUCCCACUACCCCAAGGUGCAGGGUAUCUUUGGUCAUGCGGCAGCUCUGCGUAACGGCAACACACUGCUGCUGUUUGGUGGUUACCACGGCAACGUCAAUGCAGACCUGCUGGCCUACGUCAUGCCACCUACAGUAGCUGUGCGACAUGGUGAAAAUUACGACUCGGAGCAGCUUUGUAGCAGACAUCACAGCCUGGCUGCCUGUAGUGGAGACCCAGAGUGCGGUUGGUGCUCGGCUGAUGAAGUUUGUUACGGUAGAAUGUUAGGUAUAAACUGCACCACCAACCUGCAGACCACCAGAUGUCCUGGGGUGUGUCCUGCGCUGGGAGACUGUCACAGCUGUCUACUCCACGGCAACCCUCACGGACUGACGUCAGUGGCCCUCAAACUGCAUCUGGGACACUGUACGUGGUGUGUGCAGAACGCUAGGUGCCACCAUAAAGAUGACAACUUUGGCGUGUGUGGUCUGAAGGACGACACCCCGUCGCAGGAGGCCGGGUGGUGGGGAGACAAGGGACAGGAGGUGAUGAGUGCCGACGUGUGUAGAGAGCUGGACCGUAGACCCGGCCUCACCUUCCUCAAGUACAAGUACCCGGCCAACUGGACCCAACCUGACCAUGUCAGCAUUAUCAACGCAACCACAGCAGACUUCAACGCUCUGAGUGCAUCAGUGUCUAGAACCGAGCAGAACCUUGGGGGUGAAGUGACAGCUCGACUUCUGGGGUUUCUCCGGCCGCCUCAGACGUGGGAAAACUCCCAGGAACAGUUGAGAAUCUGCGUCAGUCACUCCAACGCAACGUUGCGGCUUGCAAGUCUUACCAGCCAUUUGGAAGUAGUGGCCAACCUGAGUGCAGAACAGACACACUGUGUGGCUGCUCUCUGGCCCACUGGUACCCCUGCAGUGCUGCUACCUGGCAGGUACCUCGUAGACUACGAGUCUCGCAAGAACAUAUCCAUCAGUCAGUACCCACCUAUACACUCUCACUCUAAAAUGGAGUUGCUCCAUAACAAAACCCACGAAACACCAAAGGUGUUUACGUUCGAGUACCUAGAACCCUUUGAGGGCAACGGCAGCUGCAGUCAGUACACCAACUGUCUGCACUGCCUCAGCGACUCACUAUGUGGCUGGUGUGAGCCGACCAACGAGUGCCAACCUCGCAGCAGCGACGAGCGAGUUACCUGUCGCUCACCGUCCUCGUCACAGUGGCACUACCUGACCAUCGUACCGUCUCACUGCGCCAACUGCUCUAACUACGUGGACUGCGAGGCCUGUGUAGACACGGGCAUCUGUGAGUGGUGGCCUGACGACGCUAGGUGCUCACGCAGAGGAAGGUCUCCAGCAGGAGUGGUGGAAGCAGGCAAGUGCCCUCCUCCGUGUUACAGUAGAGCCAACUGUACAGAUUGUUUGGACGGCAACGGACGCUGUGUGUGGUGUCAGGCCACUCAGGAGUGUUUUGCAUUCGCCGUGUACACAUCACAAUACCAGUUUGGUCUCUGCAGAGAGUGGCUGGACCAGACGUACCACUCGCCUCACUCACUGGCGCCACGCAACCACGCCAGUGCAGCCUGCGACGUGUGCGGACGACACGCAAACUGCUCAUCCUGUCUGCGCACGCUGGGCUGCGGCUGGUGCUACGACCUGGACAAUCCCAUACAGGGUGUCUGCGUACCAGGCGACUUUAGCAACCCUCAUGUUGAGUCGUGCGCCGGUGUGGUGAAUCGAAAGCACAACAUGUCACUGUACAGUGAUGAGGUGAGCUGGUCAUACGCCCAGUGUCCAGAUGUAGACGAGUGCGGACUGGGACUCCACGAUUGCCACCCCGAGGCCAAGUGUACCAACACGCACGGAUCGUACAGUUGUCAGUGUCGACGCGGCUUCAUCGGUGACGGCAAACACUCCUGCACCAAGACGUGUUACAACAAGUGUAUCAACGGCUACUGUGUCGGGGCACCGCAGUACUCCUGCAAGUGUGACCUUGGCUGGACAGGACCUGACUGUGGUACCAACUGUGGAUGCAACAAUCACUCGACUUGUACACAGGGUGUUGGAAUCUGUGACAGUUGCCACGACUGGACUACGGGAGACCACUGUCAAUACUGCAAAGCUGGAAGUUAUGGCAACGCCACGUCACCAGGCGGUUGCCGAGGCUGCAAUUGUAACGACCACGGCAACGGAGCGUUGGGAUUCUGUGACUCGAUCACUGGAGUGUGCUUCUGUCAAGACAAUACUGAGGGCCCAACUUGCAACAAGUGCAAAAAAGGCUACUACGGAGACCCAAGGAGGGGAGGCACUUGCUACUACCAGUGCGUGGCCCGAGGGAUGCUGACCAGCACAGAGAAGCAAGGUCUAGGGUCUCGGCUGGCAGAGAUGAGUGCGUGGGAGUCUCGUCAGGGGCCGCCAUCUCGUGAAUGUCUGUGGAUCAUCAGUCCUCACGAAUUGCACAACAAGACUGACGCGUCCAGUGUGAUACAGUUGACCAUAGACUCGGACAUCGCAGUUACCUGUGGAGACAACAGUGUGUACGUGUACGACGGACUGCCAGAUUUUGUGUCCAUGGACAACCACCAGAGUCAUGUGCUGGGAGUGUUCUGCUCACAGGAUACGUCGUACCCAGUCACCGUGGAGGCCCGUAGUGGGGUGAUGACAGUUCACUACAAGCAGGGUGAUCCUCUGGAAGGUUUCAACGCCACCGUGGAGGUGCUGGGCUGUCCAGAGAAGUGUCCUCGCAACAGAGUGUGUCGCGCAGGAGUCUGCGUGUGUCCGGACGGCUCCACAGGUCCUGAGUGCAACGACCUUCUGUGCCCCAACAACUGCACAGCCGACUUGAAACAGGGCGUUUGUGACAAGGGGUACGGACGAUGCCUGUGUGUAGAUGGAUGGGGCGGACCUCAAUGUGCGACCAGACUUACACCCAACCAUCUGGUGUUCACCGAACUGUUCAACUCAGCCCACCUGGCUGAUAGUCUCGACCACCUGCGGAAGAUGCUGCCUCGGUUUGGUCACUCUCUACUCACGGACAGACGAGGGUCACUGUGGUUGUUUGGAGGUUAUUCUCUAUCUCACGGUCCUCUCAACGACAUACGCUUGUUCGACACAAAGAACAACACUUGGAUGCAGGUGACCAUCGAUUCUACCAAUGACGCCAACAUGCCGCAGGGCCGAUACUUCCACGCAGCCGAGAUAGUUCACUCCAAGCGGGAGAUCUUUGUCUACGGAGGGCUGACUCAGAAACUGACCAUGGCUGCCGGAGCUAACAGCACGCUCAACGACUUCUGGAAGUUCAGCCUGAAGAACCAACGAUGGAUAGAUAUACAGACAUCACAGACGUCACUGUCCCCCCCACCCUUGGCGGGGCAUACACUGACACUGCGGCGAGGCACCGAGACAGAGAGUCUGCUGCUGAUCGGCGGCUUCAGUCCGGACCAUGGCUUCUUACACCAUGUGUGGGAGUUUGACCUGACUACUGAAACCUGGACUGAGCUGGAAACCUUCGGCUACGGACCUCUUGGUGUGUACGGCCACAGUACAGUGUACCAUGCCCCUACGUCCAGUUUUUACGUGUUUGGGGGUUACAUGUAUUCCGUCAAUCGAACGUUCAUUUCCAACAAGCUGUACACCUUCCACUACCCAUCGCAGACCUGGUCAGUCCUACCAACCUUCGAGGAGUACAACCCUCCCAGGAUGCAACUGCCCCAGCCCAGACUACUACACACAGCAGUGUCUACAGAUGAGUACAUGUUGGUGUUCGGAGGUCGCAGCAUCACUCCCACCACCCACGACUCUCUCAUCGCCUACUCCUACGCCUGCAACCAGUGGAUCAGGCUGCUCUCCAAAGAUGUGCUGAGUGUAGGCAGUCCGCCUCCGUCUACAUACGCCCAUGCCAUGACACUAGACCCUGAGUCGUCCAACACCACAGUGGUGUACGUGAUGGGAGGGUUCACGGGGGGUGUGCAGAGUCACGUCACCAGGAUAAACCUUCCGGCCGACCUCUGUAGACUGUGGACCAACAAGGACAAAUGCAGGUCGUUUCUCGGAUGCUCGUACUGUGCGGUGAUCAGUGAGGCCGGCAACUCUACGAGUUACUGCUACAGCAACUCACGUGGUGCGCUCAACGACCCCUGCCGCGGCCUGCAGGGCACUCACAAGACCAACAACGGUGUCAUGUGCAGUCGAGAGUUCCUGGCGCAGCGCACAUGUGAGCAGUACACCUCGUGUAGUGACUGCCUGGCGAGGUGGCCCAGCCACUGGGAAGAACCUCCGGUGUGCAAAUGGUGCAGCAAAUGUUCGCGGGCGCGCUGCAUCUCCGCCACAGCCGAGUGUGACAGAGACAACAAGUGUCGCAGUGUUACCAACGUGACACAAUGUACAGAGACACAGUGUGCGGCCAGCGACUGUAACAAGUGUCUGGGUCUGGGCAACUGUCUUUGGACCAGACAAGUAUUGCUGACACCGGAACAGGGAGUGAAGGUAGCAGAAGAUCCGGUGUUUGACUGGAACUGCGUCGCGCAGGACUUUGCAGACAGAAUCAGCAUCAAAAUGAAGAGCAGCGGCGCAACGUGUCCUGCACGUUGUAGUCAUCACAAAGACUGUGACACCUGUCUUACGUCUCAGGGUGCCGAGGGAGGGUGGCACGAGUGUCAUUGGUCGACUGGCCUCAAUGAGUGUAUCACUCCGAGCUACCAACCCUUGUACUGUGCCGGAGGAGUGUGUGGACUGGUCUUAUCAGGAGGAAACAACGAGCAUUGUCCCCAGGCGUGCUCCAGCUACAAGCAGUGCUCUACAUGUCUGCGUCAUGCCCAUUGUGGCUGGUGUUCUCUGGACGGAACUAACUCAACUGGACAGGGAGUGUGCUACGAAGGCUCAUUAGAUCGGCCAUCGUCAGGACCAGAACGUACUACUUGCGAGCGGCUCUUCGAACAUGAACAUCCUACAGUCACUCUUAUCGUGGAGGCCUCAUUCUCCUGGCAUUACGUCCGAUGUCCGCCCGAGAACGAGUGUGAGAACGGCCAUCACAGCUGUGACCACGUGAGCGAGCAGUGUGUCGACCUGCCGCAGGGCUACAAGUGUGUGUGUGGUGUCGGCUACCGAGCGGAGAACAACGAUUGUGUUCCGGUGUGUCCUAAGGGGUGUGUGCGAGGUACUUGUAUCGCUCCGGACCACUGCCGUUGUGACUUUGGCUACGUCGGAGCCAACUGUUCCAUCCAGUGUCAAUGUAACGGUCACUCGGAGUGUGAAGGACCUGACAAGCUGGACCACUGUCUCAUGUGCCAUAAUAACACUCAGGGAUCGCAGUGUCAACACUGUAGGCCGCUGUACGUCGGAGACCCGACAGAGGGGGGAGAGUGUGUCCCUUGUGUAGACUAUUGUAACGGCCACACUCACGUCUGUGUCAACGAGAGUCUUAAAGACUUCCCCUUCUCCCCCUCCACCCCAAUACAGGAGCUGGUGGAGUAUUUGCAAGACGGACCUACCACCAGAGCCAAGUGUGUGUGGUGCGGCAACCACACGAUGGGCGACAAGUGCCAAGACUGUGUGGAGGGAUACUUCCGAGGCACAGAGGACCACCGCGCCAGCUGUCGGCCGUGCGAGUGCCACGGUCACGGAGACACGUGUGACCCGGUCACUGGGGAGAAGUGCAACUGUGCAAACAACACAGAGAGUGACCCCACGUGUCAGUCCAACAAGAACAGUCAUCACUGCUGGGCGCUGCAGUGCUCCAAGUGUAGAGAGUCGUACUCCGGCACACCCACGGAGGGCCAUCAGUGCUACAAACAGAUGAGUGUUGACUACAAGUUCUGUCUGGACGCUAAGCUGAUAGAGGAGUGCAAGAUGAAGCCUAAGUCCCUAAAUGUUGCUCAGACUGUAUUUUUCAUGGUUCAGCCGAGGUUUAUGAACGUAGACAUUCGCCUGACAGUAGAUGUGACGCAGGGAGGGCUGGACUUGUUCCUUAGUCCAAGGGAUGACACUUUUGUGGUGGAUGUUAACAUGUCUACUGGAGCUCACACUAUAAACAUGGACCCCAGAUACACGUGGCACCAUGGAGAUGACAGCGUACAGUUGGAGAGUGAGAACGGUUCAUCCAACGUGUGGCACUCUGGUCAACAGUUCCAUGUAGUGAGACACAACGCCAAGGGUCUCACCACGUUCAUCACACUGAUGCAGCGCAACACUCUGCUGUUCGUACACAACCUGACAGAUCGGUUGAUUCUCACAUUGCCUGAGAAGGUGCACGACCUUGGCUCAACCAGGUUUUACAUCGCGCUCACAGCGGUCGGACAACCCGCAUAUGGCACUGUGUUCUUCCGUCAGGACCAGUUGCACAUCGACCUGUUUGUCUUCUUCUCCGUGUUCUUCUCUUGCUUCUUCUUGUUCUUGGCAGCGUGUGUUGUCGCGUGGAAGGCAAAGCAAGCGGCUGAUGUGCGUCGGGCUAGACGCAGGCAUGUUGUUGAGAUGCUACACAUGGCGAAACGACCUUUUGCGUCGGUCACGGUUAUGCUGGAUCCCAGCCGCAGUUCGCCUCAGAGAGCGCGCCGAGGUCGCAGUCGCCCACACGGAGAGAUCCGUCCUGUGGCUAUUGAGCCUACGGACGACGGAGUAGCAGCAGUGGCCACCGUGAUUGUCAAACUGCCUGGCAACAACAUUCCUGUCAAGAUGGCUUUGGCCUCGACGCUCAUCCUGCUCUCCAGAGUCUACCCGACAAACAACCGAGCGUUUCUGCGGAGACGGAGCAGCCACAACUCGUAGUCACGUGCGGUGAGCUAGCGGAGAAGUUGUUUGUAGGCAACUUGCUUAUUAAGUUUACCUGAUUUGGCACGGUAAGAGGAUACUGAAUUCUCAGAUUAAGAGGUAGGUGACCUGCAAUAGUGAUAAGGUUGGUUUGAUUUGCUGACCUUUUUAUUCUGAUUCUCAAUUAUGGAGGAUUUGUUGGAUUUGAGAUGCAUUUUAAAGCAAGUUUUUAAACAUUUUAGUCAACUCCGUUUUAUAUAAAUCGAUAGCAGAUUUCUAAAUGCUUUAAAUGGAUUCUCUAUUUGCUUUGGUCUAGAUCAAUUAUAAAAACAUUGUAAUUGUUUAGUAUCAAAACUUUUAAUAUGUUAAUUAAAAUUCACCACUUUUUAAUUAAUAACAAAUUUUUACGAGAUCGUAAAAGUGUAAAAAGGUGCAAAUAAAUCUUGAGACUUGCGUGUCAGCAGGAGUACAAUACUUGUGUUUAGUUGUAGAAUCUAGUCGUAGAACAAUUUAACGUCCAAUCGUCAGUGUUUCGUCGUAAAUACGAGACUGUCCGUUACUGUGCUUUCAUUUUACGCUGUCCAACGGCGGUUAUGUCUUUUAUAAGAUGGUGGUUUGUAAUAGUAGUUGUUGAAUCUAUUUUUUGUAUAAGUGGUGCUGUUGUAUACAUUUUACAAAGGUUGUAGCAGAAAGGUGGGUAGUCUGUAAAAUGCUAUUGAUCUACUCAAUAACUGGUACUGUCCUGGAAAUCUGUACACGUUGUUUACAGCAUAUUUGAUUUUUAUACACAUAAACAAUGUUGUGUCUUGUAAAAACAAACUUAUACUAUGUUGUUUAAAUUAUUUACAUCAAAGUCUAAUCGCAA